CCAAAGAAUUGAUAUCUUCCAUUGCCAUUUCCAAAUCCGCCUCCUGCUUCGCAAGUCGAUUCAAGACCCCCCCCCUCCCUCUUCUUCUAACAACUAAGAUGUUGAACCUGUACCCGCCCGCUACGCACAGCGCCUGGAACGGCCAGCCGCCUUCGUACCCGGCUGGCACGGACUCGACCGUGAACGAGAUCUACGAGGCCACCAAGGGCGCCGGCACCAAGGAGAAGCAGCUGAACAAGGCACUGGGUGGCAAGACGGCCACGGAGCGCGGCUUCAUCGCCAAGCGCUACAAGGAGCUGCACAACCAGAGCCUGCGUGACCUGCUGGAUGACGAGACGUCGGGCCACUACGAGUUCCUGCUCAAGCUGCUAGCGUCGCCCCUGCCGGAGGCGGAGGCCGGUAUCCUGCGCAAGGCCACCAAGGGUCUGGGCACGAAGGAGGACCUCAUCUACCCCGCGGUCGUGGGCCGCACCAACGUCGAGAUCAACAUCCUCAAGAAGACGUACUACGAGACGUACGGCGAGGACCUGGGCUCUGUGCUGGACGGCGACCUGCACGGUGACUUCAAGAAGGUGAUCCUGGCGUCGCUGCAGGCCGCGCUGGUGCCGUACGACGCCAACAUCCACAACGCCGCCAAGGUGGACGCUGACGUGGAGAAGCUGUACAAGACGGGCCGUGGCAAGAUGGGUACAGACGAGGAGGGCUUCAUCGGUGUUCUGGUGGCCAGUCCGCCCGAGCACCUACGCGCUGUGGCCGCUGCCUACGAGAAGAAGUACGAGGAGUCGCUUGUGAAGGCUGCGGCGCACGAGUUCCGUGGCGACGCUGAGAAGGCCGUGCUGUUCCUCAUCCGUAUGAUCACGGAGCCGCUGGACCUGCUGGCUGAGCUGUUCGAGGAGGCCAUGAAGGGCUUCGGCACGGACGAGAACGCUCUGAGCUCGGCCGUGGUGCGCUACCACAUUGUGCUGCGUGACAUCAAGCCGGUGUACAAGAAGAAGUUCGGCAAGGAGCUGCGCGAGCGCAUCGCCGAGGAGGUGAGUGGCGACUACGGCGAGCUGCUGCUGUCGGUGUUCGACGCCCGCGACUAAGUUGCUGCGUUGAAGUGCAGUGCAGUGAAGUACGUCACUGUGUACGUAUGUGGUACUUUAGGUACUGUAGUAGCUGCUGAGAGGUGGUGAGUGGGUAGACUGUUAGCUGGUGCUUCGAGUCUUUGGUGACGUUAUUGGUCCCUCCCUGCUUGGCUGUCGUCGGCAGCUCGAUGGAAAAUGGUAAAGUUAAAAUAAAAACAUUGUCGAGCUACACCUCGGAGCAUUUCACAAGUUACCAUCAACGCAUUGCCCAGUGGAGAGAAACCACCUGCAGCUCAAGCCCCCGGAGAAAAUGACCCCGAAGCAGGGUGCUGCAUGAUAUUUAAUCGCGUUGUCAGAGGUUGUGACGCUCGUGCAUGUUGAGCUGUUGCUGUUCCUGAAGCCAAAAGACUCGUGUUGGCUCCUGCUCACCUGAUUUCCACCAGCGGGGCUGAUGAUGACCUCGCCCCGAGCGCAACCGCCGUCAACCGCAAACACUCCAAAUUCGCCUGUUCUCCAUCACUUUAGCAAAACAUUCGGGAUGCUAUCGCCACCGAGGCUCUCCUAUACUUUUGCUCCUUCAGUAGCGUUUCAUUUGGAUAGAAUUGUCCAGGAGAUUGAUCAUCAGUUGGUUCCGCAGGAUACGCGCGGAGUACGUGGUCGUUUCGACUUUGGCUUGGAAACUGAUGAGGGGUCUUGCCAAAAGACCUUCCACUCCCCAAGAUGCUCGAAGCUAGAACAAAUCGCUCCAAGCAUGGUGUUUGCUAUACGAAGGAAUCUAGCCUCACUGUUUCAAAGUGCU